AGACUGUCUGUGUGUGCUAUGAGGGAAGACCUGCUCCAUACAACAUCAUUGCUCCUGGGCAGCUAUUGAUAGCAGGAACUCAGUGGGAAGCUUUUGGCUUUAAGAAAGAACCAAGAUCCUUCUUGCUCUUAAUGUAACAAUAAGCAGUGAGAGAACUGAAGACAUCCACCUGGCUAUGAUACAGUAUAUCAGCUACAUCUUUCACAACAUCUAAGAAAAAGAGAGCGAAACCAAAGGCCAACCUGUACAAUCAUUAAAUAUAAUAACUUUCAUCCAUCAUAACUUGGGCUGUUGUCCAGGGCAUUUCAGCUGGAUGUAUAUUUAUAUUUUUGACUGGUCUUUAAGCAGAAUUUCUUACCUUUAAUGCGGAAUCUGGAGCAAACUGUUUACAGACACAUCUCCCGAUAACUUCUCCUUCCUUCAACUGGGACAUCAGCUUAUCACUUCAGCCGCACAAUAACACUUUAGUCUGUUUGUUGGCUUUCAAAUAUGGCAUUCUCUGAGCUUGUGGAAAAGGUGGGCAGCAUGGGACUGUUCCAGAUCCUCACAGUCAUUUUUCUCUCCAUUCCGGUUCUUUUUAUUUAUGGCCACAACCUGGUGCAAAAUUUCAGCGCGGGAGUCCCUGGCUAUCACUGCAGAGUAAAUGUCACUGAUGAAUUCAACCCUGCGGUUCAAAGGCUUGGUCAUGAGAUAUGUCAGAGGGUGGCGGUUAAUGAUACAGGAAUUGUAAUAAUGGAGUCGUGCAAAACAGGCUGGGCCUAUGACAAAAGCAUCUUCUCCUCUACUAUUGUGACAGAGUGGGACCUUGUGUGUGGUUUGGAGUCUCUGAAGGAACUCGCACAAUCUCUGUUUAUGGCUGGAGUGCUACUGGGUGCGCUCAUAUUCGGCCAUCUUUCUGAUAGGUAUGGGCGGCGUGCUAUUCUGCUGUGCUCUCUCUUUAUGAUCGGGGUGAUGGGCACUGGAGCUGCAUUUUCCCCCAAUUUCAGUACCUACUGCUGCUUCCGGCUGUUAUUAGGCGUUGGAUUGUCUGGACUUCUUCUCAAUUACUUCUGCUUAAGUUUAGAGUUGGUGCCCCCAAAGUCCCGUACCCUGGUUGUCGCCAUACAGGGUUAUUGCAGUACAUCUGGGCAGGUGCUGUUGGCAGGGCUUGCUUAUGCCCUGAGAGACUGGCGUUGGUUGCAGCUGGCAAUUUCCUUGCCCUUUUUCAUCUUUUUCCUCUAUUCCUGGUGGCUUCCGGAAUCUUUCCGCUGGCUGAUGGUAAACAACAAACCAGAAAGAGCACUAAAAAAUCUACAGAGAGUUGCAAAACUGAAUGGAAGAAAGGAAGAGGGACAGAAAAUCAGCCUGGAGAUGUUACAGUGUGAACUACAAGAAGAAUCAUCAAAAAACGAAAACCCAAAGUUGGCUGCCUCCUCCUCCUGGUUAGACCUGUUUAGGACCCGGGGCAUGAGGAGGAUCUCGUGCUGUAUGCUGUGUAUAAGUUUUUCCAUCAAUAUGUCAUAUUUUGGCCUUUCGAUGGAUCUGCCUGUUUUCAGCUAUGGCCCUCAUGUGGUCCAGGUCAUUUUUGGAGGUAUAGACCUUGUUGCCAAGUUUAUGUGCACUAUAGCCCUCAGCUUCCUCGGUAGGCGAUGUGUGCAGUCUGGAACUCUCUUUUGUGCUGGAGCCCUACUCCUUUUGACUAUGGCCAUACCUCAGGAUUUUCCUUUGCUACGAAUAGUUUUUGUGGUCCUGGGCAAGGGCUGCCUCUCUGCCUCCUCGUUGUGUUCCUAUCUCUAUAGUGGAGAGCUGUUUCCUACAGUAGUCAGGCAAAGUGGUAUGGGCCUUACAACCAUGAUGGCUCGUCUUGGGGGAAUUGUUUCUCCAGUAGUACUGAUGGCCAGAAGUUCAUACCCUUUUCUUCCCUUACUGUUGUUUGGAGUAUCUUCUAUUGUCUCUGGGAUCACUGCUCUUUUCCUGCCUGAACUGCACAAUGCACCCCUCCCUGACACCAUACAGGAAGUUGAAGACAGGGCCCGACAGAAAGUCACCCCCAGAGAACGAGAAGACGAAAUUGUGAUCAGUGUUGUUUAUUCAACCAGAUUCUAAAAGUUCCACUGCUGCCACCAUCUGGGACAUAUGUAGAAAAUGUCCCACCAUCUGGGACAUAGCAACACAAAGCUACCAAGAUUGUGAUUUUAAUAGGAGAGUGAAAAACCAAGGUGCAUAUAUGGAAUGUGCUUUAUUCAAAGGCUGCAAUUUAAACUGGCUGCCUUCAUCACCUCCUGUGAUGUAUAUGGAUGGACAGAUAGACCAUCUUUAUUUUAUAAACAGGAGCCGAUGCUGCAAUGGGCUGACAAAUUUGAGGCAUACAAAGUUAAGAGAGAAAGCAGCAAGGAUAAGCACGAGACAAAUAUAAUGAAGAUGAGGAAUUGUAUGAAGAAAAAAAUAAAUAUCGGGAACUACAAGGCUUUGAAAGACUGACAAGAAAAAGCUUUAACUACGUAGCAAGAAGAAUAAGUAUAACGAUUUGCCUGCCUGUUGCACUGAAGCCAAAGUGACCAAAUGACUUACUGGUUAAGUCAAGGCAAGGACCAAAAAAAGGAUACAUGUUAAAACAUGUAGACAAAAUAUAUGUACAUAUUUAAGUUGUCUAAUUAAUUUAUAAUAUUAAAACUUGUGUAUAAAUUAUAUAAA